UUUAUUUUAAUCUUUUGGUUAAGUACAAUAAAGUUGGAUACUUUUAAAAUCACUUUUUGGAGAUACUGAUGAAGAAAAAAAAUUGUUAAAAUAUUUUGAAGAAACAUAUGUUAUAGGAAAAAGUGGAAUGCGUUUGAGAGGAAAACCCAAAAGAGACAAUUACAACCCACCACUCUUCCCUUCAGAAAUGUGGUCAGUGUCAGAACGAUUAAUCCAAGAUUUACCUAGAACUACAAAUACGGCAGAGUCAUGGCACAGAAAAAUAAAUAGAAUAAUAUCGCCUCAUCCUGGUUUACAUAAAUUCAUACAACAAUUACAAAAAGUUCAAAAUGAAACUGAAGUGACAGUACAGAUGUUAGUUUGUGGACGACCAACGAAAAAGACAAAAAAAGUUAAUAUCGAAUCGAAUUUAAGAUUGAAAUCAAUACAUGCACGUCUUAUUUCAAACAAAAAUUACGAUAAAUAG